GAAGCGUACAGUAUGGUAUUAGUACGGGUACGAGUACCGGAUGCAAAACGACCCCUCUUUCCCGACCUCCGUCUCGGCAAUCAACAAGCUGCACCACAAUUCCAGUGUCAAGGCAUCGCAUCGCAUCGCAUCUCAAUCCGGUACCGUAGUACCAUAGCGAACCAGCGAACGGCACGGCACAGCACCACAUGAAACCGAAGCAGCAACAAUGGCAACAGCCCUAGCUUCCGCGGGCGUCCCCGAUGCCGGAAGCAGCGGGAACGGCAACGCGGCUUCGACAUCGGCAGCAACGGCGGCAUCCGCAUCCGCAUCCGCAUCCGCAUCGGCGGCAACCCGGCACCUUUCGAACACCACCGCGUCCCUUCCGAUCGUGUACGGGAGCAUCGCCUUCUACCUCGGAAAGAAGGCCGACGAGCUGCAGACCCACGAAUGGACGCUCUUCCUUCGGGGUCCCAACCAGCACGAGGACCACCUCAACGGCCACGUGAUUUCCAAGGUCGUCUUCCAGCUGCACCCCUCCUUUGCGCAGCCGACCCGGGAACUGACGGAGCCCCCCUACGAGGUCACCGAGCGGGGAUGGGGGGAGUUCGAGGCGCAGAUCCGCAUCCACUGGAAGGACGCGAGCGAGCAAACGACCAUCGUCAACCACACGAUCAAGCUCUACCCCCAGGGAGCCCCGCCGUCCGCUUUGUCUUCCAGCAAGGAGGCCAUGCAGCAAAGCACGGAGGUCCCCGUGCUGGCGGAAACCUACGACGAGGUCGUCUUUACCGAUCCCACCGAAUCCUUCUUUCGGUCCCUGACGCAAAUCACGGCCGUCCCCCCGGGUGCCAGAGAGGACGAACCGGUGGCAUCGUUCGCGCCCCGGCCCGGCGAGUCGAACGCCACCAAAAAGAACAACACCAAGGGAGACCACAAGAUGUCGUCCAGGAGCAACGCGGCCGAAUCCUCGGCUCCGCCCUCGUCGGCGGCGGCGUCGUGGAGGGACCACCUCAAGAYUUCCUACUCGGACCAAGACGAAUUCCUGGCGCUGAUCGCCGCCCAGAAAUUCCUCCGCGACGAGCUGGCGGGGGUGACGCAAAAAUUCCGGCUGGUCGGCGAGGAACUCGAAACGGUGGACCAGAAGCUCGCGCUCGCCCAGCAGCAGAAGCAGCGGGAGGCGGCCGCCGCGGCCGUGAGGGGGUCCGGAACCGCCGGGGGCGGCCCGGGCGAGCGAAAGCGGGCCAAGAAGUCCCGGUCGGCGGCGCCCUCGAAAAAGUCCCGGGCCGGGGGCACGGCCAAGGGCGCGGGGGGCACCGGGGCCAAGCGGGGAACGACCCAGGGCGGGGCCGCCCGGGCCGGCGGCGCCUCCAAGGCCGCCCCGAGGUCGGCCUCCAAGCCGGCCCAGGCGGGAGAGGCACCGGGCGGUGCUUCCGGGGCCCGGGGCAAGAAGGGGACGGCCCCCAAGGGCGGUGCCGGCGGCCAGGCCUCGGCGGGAACCAAAAAGUAAKGGGAUCGGUGGACGGCGCCAAACCCGCACGCA